AUGUUUUUUAAACAAAAAAUAUUUCUUCGAUACGUGACAGUUUUUAUCGUGUCUCUCGUUCUUCUGGACCUACUUCGGCUUCAUUUAUUUGAAUGUAACCAUUAUUCAGACGAUGGCGAAGAAAAUCAUUUGACUGCUUUUCUUCCAGAUCCACAUCCAAUCGAUGUACACAAGAGUUAUUCGUGUUUUGACAUUGAAGAUCUUCUACUAAUCACCAAACUGCCCAAGGUACUAUCAUGGAUCGAAUUAGACAAUCAGUCGAAUAAAUAUAUAUCUUCUCCAAAUCCUAUUCAUCUAAUUACUCAAUGGUAUCAUGAACAGAACCAUCGACGGCGUCGUGAACUUCUAACCGUUUUACAAAUGAAUUUGUUGAAUGAUGCUGUUACUUCUAUUCAUUUUAUACAGUAUUCAAAGAAUUGCACUGUUUAUGAUGAUAUUAUGUUAGAUCCGAAUUUUCGUGUUGAUCUUCUGAAACUUAAGCUAAUUAUCUCCUAUCAAACAGAAGUCAAUGAGACAGAAAGAUUAACUGUUAGUAAGGCAUUGAAGUAUGCCAAUGGAGUAAUAUCCCGUGGCUAUGCAGUUGUGCUCAAUCUGGAUAUUUUCUUUGAUCGUUCUCUGAAUUUUCUACAACGAACACCUCUCGUCGAUAAAUCAACUAUUUUCUAUUUAUCUCGUUACGAAGUCGAUCGCACAAUUAGUAUGUCAAAUGCGCACUGUACUGAUAAAGGAUACGAGGGUAGUCAUGAUACAUUAAUCUUUCAACCACCUCUAUCCAAAACUGUUAUUGAACAAUUUCCGUUUGAAUUAGGGACAUGGUAUGUCGAAGUGAAGAUUAUAGAAGAUUUAACACUAGCAAAUUAUACAGUUCGAAAUGUAUGUAAAACGGUUCGCAGUUGGCAUCUUCAUUCUAGUCAAGGUUUAUCUACAGGCAAAGUAAUGGGAACAAUUGUUUCUCGUUUGAAAUCAGGUGGGUCAUGGGAUCCUAUAAUAGGAAGGUUUUGUUGGUGGGCAUCGAUUGAGCAGCUUGCUUUUGCUUGUAGUUUGAUUAAUAAUUGUACGUUCAAAUAUGAUGUUGAUGCGUUAUCACCCGUAGUCGUCUGGAGAAACUCAAUGAAACAAAAAAGCUAUGACUAUCGUCAAGAUGUAUUAUUAUCAUCUUUAUUAGGACAGUCAGUACAGCAUGUCGAUCGAUUUGCUGCAUUCAUACAAACAAUAGAAUAUGGAUUGGAUUUGUAUGUGGAAUAUUCUGAUCGUUUUGAACGAUUUCCUUCAUCAGGGAAAAUUGGUCAUGAUUUUUCAGAACGUAUUGAAGGAAUAUUUCAAGAAUCCUUUCAGGAACAAACUAGAGUUGAUAAACAGCUUCGUCAAUUUUUUAUCAGUGAUCAACUUGAUGUUCGGGCAAUUGAUCUAGUAUCUGGCUUACUACAGCAAAUGACAAUACUAUUGGACGCCACAAAUGCACCAAUAUGGGCAGCUAGUCAAGCAAGACCGUUCAUUGUAUUACCGAUCAAUGAUGACCGAAGUUUCGAUACUGAAAAACAUGAAAAAAAGAAAAAGAAGAUCUUAGUAUCCCAUUAUGUAUCUACUGAAAAGCGUCAACGUAUUGCUAUGGAAAUUCUAUUAUUUCCAUCUAUAUGUUUUACAGUAACUCAGUUACACACGAAUUCAUUAUUGCGCAAUGCAGCUUCAUCAGAGAUUCUUUGUGUCUUGGAGCAUCUCAUGAAAUGUGACUUACUUGAAUGUGUACAUAAAGACGUUAAAACUAAUCGAUGGUUUACAAGCGUAUAUAUAAAACAACUACCAAGUUGUGAUCACGAUGAGCAAGUGAAUGCUGAUUAUAGAUCAAUAUUCGAUGAAAAAUUAAAAGAGUUUAAAUAUUCUCAUUCGGCAUUUACACUUGACGAGUAUUUAAAAAAAUAG